AUUAAUAUGCCAUCUAAUGGAGUACACAACAACAACAUGAAGACACAGCAAGAUUAUUCUGAAAAUGACCGGCCUGCCGGCUAAUUUCUUGUCACUUUCAUCAACUUUCCUCUAUUUCUCAAGAUAUUUUCUUUUAGUUUUUACUCAGCCUGCAGUGUGUUCAUUUCCUUCUCUGUUCUCCAUUUGUCUUCUGUUUGUUGGAUUUGAUCAAGAAUUCAUGACCUCUUCUUGAAUAUGUCACAAUUCGUAGUCGGUUAGGUUAAGUUUCUAAAAUCUAUUUAUUUCGAGAAGUGACUUUUAGUCAGAAGUGUUUUCUAAAGAAGUACUUUUAGAGCUUCUGUUUGGCUAAUCAGUUUGAAAAUCACUUUUGUUAAUAUUAGAGCAACAACUUGGCCAAGAUACCAAAAGUCUUCCGGAAAAAAGCUACCGUUUUCAGCUUCUAUUAUUACUCAAAAGAACUUAUUUAUUCCUAAAACCUCGGCCAAACACCUCUCUGACUUUUAGCUUCCCAAAAGCUUGGCUAAACGGGCUAUCAGGCAUCAAGAUAAUUAUAACUAUUUGAGAAACUUGAAAAGAUAUUGCAGCUUAUGGGGUGUGCUCAAGCAAAACCUGCGAUGGAUUCGCCGCCUCGGGGAUUAGAGAAGUUGAAGUUGGAGAAUGGAUAUGCUGCUAGAGGUGAUCAACAAGUUAGGCCACGGAGGUCUACUGGACAGAGGCUUGAUCAGCCAAAGGAGAAAAAUAUUCCUGAUUAUGGUGAUGAUAGGAGACUACUGAGUGAUGGAAAAAGAGAUAUAAUUAAUGAAAGGAAUUUGGUGAUCACAAGUGAAGGGGAGACAAAAACUAAUAGUAGUGACAGUGGUCUUGUAGCUGAUGUUCCUAGGAAAAUUAGCAAGACAAUAGCUGAGGAUGAAGAGUUAAUAGAUGGAUGGCCAAAAUGGCUAGUUGAUAAUAUUCCAAGAGAAGUUCUGGCUGGUUUAGUCCCAAAAUGUGCUGAUUCUUAUGACAAAAUUGACAAGGUAGGUUCAGGGACUUAUAGCAACGUGUAUAAGGCGCGAGAUAGGGGUACUGGGAAGAUUGUGGCCUUAAAGAAAGUUCGUUUUGAUACCUCGGAACCGGAGAGUAUAAAGUUCAUGGCACGGGAGAUUAUGAUCUUGCAGAAAUUGGACCAUCCAAAUAUCAUAAAGCUUGAAGGGCUGGCUACUUCCAGAAUGCAAUAUAGUCUUUAUAUAGUUUUCGAAUACAUGCAAUCUGAUCUCACCAGCAUAAUAUCUCGGGCUGAUAUGAGGCUCAAUGAAGCACAGAUAAAGUGUUAUAUGCAGCAGCUGCUCUUGGGGCUGCAGCAUUGCCACGAGAGGGGUAUUUUGCACCGAGAUAUUAAGGGAUCUAAUUUGUUGAUUGACAAAGAUGGGAUGCUAAAAAUUGCUGAUUUUGGACUUGCAAACUUCUUCAAUACUGGAAAAAAGCGUCCUCUUACAAGUCGAGUUGUCACACUUUGGUAUAGAGCUCCAGAAUUGUUACUAGGUGCUACAGAUUAUGGGAUAGGUAUUGAUCUUUGGAGUGCAGGCUGCCUCAUGGCUGAAAUGCUUGCAGGCCGGCCUAUUCUGCCUGGUCGCACCGAGGUGGAGCAGCUACACAAGAUAUUCAAGCUGUGUGGUACACCUUCAGAAGAUUACUGGAGGAAAACAAAACUUUCAACUACCUUCAGGCCACCAUAUACCUACAGGUCUAGCAAGAAAGAAGCUUUCAGGCACUUCCCUGUAUCUUCUUGGAGGCUCCUAAACGUUCUUCUUGCGCUAGAUCCUGCAAAUCGCAGUUCUGCUGGUUUAGCUCUCCAAGACGAGUUCUUUCAUUCAAGUCCCUUGGCAUGUGAACUCUCGGAGCUGCCUGUAGUCUAUAAGGAGGAUCCUGAGGCAGUGUUAAAGCUUGAGAGGAGAAGGCACAGGACUCGACAACGCUCUCAAUCACAAAAGGAACGCAAAAAGAAAGUAAUAGAUUCGGAGGAAACAAAACCAGAUACUGGUGGCUCUAAUGAGGAGCCAAUAAAGAGUAGAAUUUCAACAGUCCUUAGCCUACUAGAGCCAGGAAGUAGCACUACUACUACUACAACAAGCACAUCCUCAAGUACUUCAAAGCCAACUGAGAAAGUAGAGAGUCCUCAAGGUUCACCAAGAAGUACUGAAUCUCAUCCUGAUGCCACUAGGAACAUCAAGAAUAAUAGACCUCCAUUGCCAAAUGCUAGAAGAAGCAGAGCUAGUAAGUAUAGCAGCAGCAACAACAAGAAGGAGGCGACGAACAAAUUGAGUAGAGUCCAAAGGUCUCAAUCCACCAAACAUUUCCGAGAUCUUGAUAAUAAAAAAUUCCAUAAGCUUCAUGAUCUUGUUGACUAAAUCGCUUACAACAUGUUAAAUUACGCUAAUAGUGUAAAAGUUCUUUAUCUUUUGCCAGUGUACAUAAGUCUUUUCUUCUAAGAUUUGGCUGGCAACUUAACGAUCGGGUAAAUAAAUUGUGGUCUAUGUUAACCGUUACGCAUUACAUUGGUGUAUUAUGAAACAAGACACAUUGUCUAAUAAACAAGUAUUUUGAGGUUAUGCUAUUCUUAAACAUUAGAGUAUUAGACAGAUAAAGACCUGCAAAAAAAUAGUUUUUGACUUUACAUUUUCAACAAUGUGUUUUUUUAAAUAUCUGAUUGUAAAAUUCUAUGCCGGAGUUUCACAUAUAGGGAGUUCCGAACAAAUUAAUGUAAAUUCAAACUUUGCAACACUUGGCCUAGUUCUAUUGAAGUAGCCUGUCCACACACAAAGCUGGCUUCCUCACAACAUAACUCAUUGUGUACGUACUUUUGAAAUUAUAGAUUCAGAUUCAACAUUUAUUAGAAUUUAGUAUUUUUCACAUAUGUAUUUAAAUUAUGUAACGAAAAUACUGGGAUGUUGAACCCGCAUCACAAAAACUGCAUCCACCACUGUACUCGUUAAUAGAGACAAAUUUCACGUGAGCCCUCACCUGUCACGUGGGAGUACUUUAUGUGUUAAUUUUGAUUAGACACUGAUACUAAACAAGUUGCUCUAGAGUUCAUUCUUCACUCCAUGUACUUACAAUCUAAAUCCUCAAUAUUUUUUUUACUUAGUAUGGAAUUGCUUACCUUAUGCAGGCAUGUUAUACUAAGUAUAUUUAUUAAGAUGAUUAUUUUAUGCUCUUUUAGACAAGCUAAUCCGUGGUUCAAUUGACGAGGUUAGAUAAUACCCUUUGCAAUUUUCCAUCUUUAUAUUAGUAGUUGUUCAAUUUUUCAUUUCUAUAAUCAAACUUGGAUGUCUCGGGACUUUCUCACUUCUUACUUUGUUUUUUGACCAUAUUUAGUGGUCGAGCUUUUAUCCCUUCGCCUAUAGACAGAGGCUCAUGAUUAGGUAUAGAGCCACGUAAAAUUGCCAAUUUUACCACCAGAAUACCUGUGAGAUAUUAAUCGGCCUUUCAGAUGCCUUCUUCCUAAAUUGGACAUAUGCUGAUUACAAACUACCAUUUGAAUCGUGAUAGAAUAAUAUCUAACAGUUUAGAAGUUGUGGGGAUUGUUGGGUUAGAAUGGACAGUGGCAGAGUUAAAAUUUUCAUUAAGGGGAUUCAAAUUAUAACAAAUAAACACUUGAAGAAGCUAAGGAUUCUAUAUAUACAUACAUAAAAAAUAAUUUUAACCCGUAAAUUUUCUGGCAAAGAAGUUCGUCCUUUAGCUCCGGCCCUCACAAUGGACGAGUAUGAAGAGAAAACCCUGGUCCUAAAUUCAAAUUCACAGCAAGUUGUUUCACAUUUAGCAAAGUAAUUCAUUGUGGACCAAGCU